AUGGUAGCGUUAGGUCCUGCACUUGGCUUUCUAAUGGGUUCAGCUUUGUUAUCACAAUGGAUUAAUGUUGGUCAAAAAGUACCAAAUAAUUUGACUACUCACGACCCAAGAUGGAUUGGACGAUGGUGGGCAGGUUUUUUAGUAUCAGCGUCCAUGUUAACGAUACUUAGCUUACUUCUAUUUACAUUUCCAAGAAAAAUGAUCAAACCGGAUCAUGCACAAUCAAACCAUGGACAACAAAUGACAACUGCAGUUCAGUUAUCCAGUACAAUUGAAACUCACCCAUCUAUUGAUAUUAAUCAAUCGUCUACAAGUGUGUGUGCAUUGGGUAAUGCAGCCACAAGAAAACAUACAUUACCAAAAAUAAAAGCUCAUCCAAAUGUUAAAAAUGCAUUCAAAUUAUCACAAUUAAAAGAUAUAUUAACGAGUGUACGAGAUUUAUUAUUAAAUUUUACAUAUCUAUUGAUUGUUCUUGUUAAUUCAGUUGAAAGUAUUCUCGUUGUAUCGUUUACAACCUAUAUGGUCAAAUAUAUUGAAAGUGUAUUUCAUUUGUCGUCAUCUAUAUCAAGCAUAUUAACUGGAGCUAUUGUUAUUCCAGCAGCUGUUUUUGGAACAUUAUUUGGAGGAUGGUUAGUCCGGCGUAAUCACAUGGGUAUUCGUGGAUGUGUGAAGCUAAUUCUGAGUCAUUAUAAUUGUUCGUGUGUGUUGGGUCAUGAUCAUCAUGUAAAAAGUGGUUCAUGUAAUAAUCCAUGUUAUUUAAAAAUGAUAUUUUUUAUGACUAUUCUAUUUUUCGUUACAUUUUUUCAAACAAUUGGUGCAACACCACAAUUAAUUAUCAUAUUACGAUCAGUUCAACACGAAUUACAGUCAUUUGCAUUGGGUCUCGAAAAUAUGAUCAUUAAACUGAUUGCUCAUAUUCCUGUUCCAAUUAUAUUUGGUACAAUAAUUGAUGAUACAUGUCUAUUUUGGAAUCGUAAUUGUGAUCGUCGUGGUUCAUGUUUUUUAUAUAAUGGUGAUCGUUUACCAUUGACAUUAUUCGGUGCGACAAUGGUUAUGAAAGGUGUAUCUCUUAUAUUACUAAUCAUUCUACUGUGUUUAACUAUACGAAUCGCAAACUGUCAAUCAUCGUCGACAACGCCAAAUGAAUUAUCACAACCUUCUUUUUCUCCUAAUGCUACUAAUCAUAUUGAAUCACAAACAGCAACAGCAAUUACUGAACAGAAAAAAAAAGCUUCAUCAAAACCAAGAGUAUCGAAUCAAUAUCCAAUCGUAUCCAGUACACGUUGUUCCAUAUGCGAUAUACUUCUAAAAACUCAAUAUAAUAGACAUAUUACCAAUGGAAAACCAUUGACUGACAUACUACCUUGUAACGGACUCAAUAGUAAACGUUUAACGUAUGGUGAGUGUUAUAAGAAAUAUUCAUCUCUAUUUCGCUUGUUAUCCUCUGAACAAUCGGAAAGAGAUAAAGACACUGGUAAAAAUGAUGAUUCAAAGAAGGCUUUAAUUUGCACGAAAUGUUGUAAAAAACUUCAAUUAGCACAUGAUGCGCAUACGAAAUUUACGAAUGUAUUAGAAUAUGUUCAACAUGUACAUAGAAAAACAAAACGUUUAAAUAAAGCAAGAAAAUAUUAUAGUAACAAAACAUUAAAAAACUAUUCGAUUAUUAAAAAAGUGAUUAACAAUAAGCAAGAGAAUGAUGCUAAUGACGAUUCUGGAGAAAUAAAUAUUGUUGUAGAACAAGAUAAAGAAUCAGAAGAGAACAUUAGAACAAGAAUAGAAGAAACAAUAGUACAAUGUUACGUUGACAAUGAACCAGAUAUUAUAAUUAAAAAUGAGCCACUUAUUGAACAGCAAACAGAACCACCGCUUAUUAUCGACGAAACAAGCGGUACUGAUGAGAGACACAAUGAUUAUUGUAGAAGAUCUGAUCAACAGGAACAUAUUAAUUUACAAAACAGUGGUACAGAAUUACAACUACGUGAAACAAUGGUUUGGCCAAGUGGAAACCUUCAAAUACCAAUGCUAUUUCCUUGCACAUAUCAGUCUUCAAUCACACUACCUGGUAGUAAUUUAGCUCACAUGAAUAAACAAUUAUAUCGACCGUUGGUGAGUAAUAAUGGUAGCAAUUAUCAGACAUUUCAGUAUGUUGCCACUGCUCCACCAUCUGUAAGACCAUUAACAGAGAUAUCAGUAUCAAAAAAUCGAAAAGACAAUGAUAAGACCAGACAAAAUAGUUUUCAAAACAAGAAAACCAAAGGUAGCUACAUUCAUCCAAUUUAUUCGCCUAAUGCAAACAUAGGUGGAUAUUAUCGAGCUGGAUUAACCCCAUCUACUGUUUAUACAGAACGUCCAUCAACAUCGAUGAUUACAAGUAGUUUGGGAGGCAGUGGAACUGGAAUGUUUAUGCCAAUACCAUCGUAUGAACAAAACCAUUCGAAUAAUAAAAACAACAACCUACCGAAACACAAUAGUUGGCACCUCGAUACCGACUUAUCUGCAAAUGCUCAUCGUCUAGAGAAUAAUCCAGUAUAUCAAGGAUUCUUCGUAAAUCCCAAUGGAGAACCGAAAAGUGAUAGUAGGCCAUCAGUUAAUCAAAAUCUAAUAGAUUAUGGUAUAGAAAUAUCAUCAGAUGGAUCAUUAUCUCCCAAAUCACCAGUAUUAUCCGAAACUCUAAAUGUUGUUGGUACACGUCUGGGUCGUCGACAAUAUGAUUAUGUUAGAAAAUUAGAUGAUCAAAUGAAAUUAAAUGCAUAUUUAGAAGAAUCGGCCGCAGAACAUAAUUGCCGAUGGACAUGGCGUCGUACAUCGGCAAAUAGUCGAGGCUAUAAAGUCUAUUAUGUAUGUAAUUUUAGUAUGCGUCGACAUUAUUAUCCAUGUCCAGCAGCAAUGUACGCUCUAUUUCAUCCCGAUGGGUUUAUAUCGAUUUAUGCUUGUGGUGAACAUCGACAUGAACCGAAAGAUCCAUUACCAGUUAGUAUUACAGAUGAAACGAAAGAAGAAAUAUUCAAAUGUUUACACAGUGGUAUGACCGCAACAGAAAUAAAAGACCAUCUAAACAAAAAAUCAUUGUCAUUUGGUGAUGCAAGAAAAUUAAAUAAUUUUAUUAAAUAUCAUAAAGAAUUACUUCGAUUUGGAACAGUGACAAACGUUCGACCGGGAGGUACAGCUUAUCGUCAGCCGCAGUGCUGGGCGAUUAGGCGUCAACAUACAACAUUAGAGUCUACAGUGCCAAUAACUCCGAAUAGUAGUGCAAAUAUGAGUACAGUUAAUGGAGAAAUCCCUUCGCCACUAGCGUUAACCGGAGCAAAUGACAGAGCAAUUUAA